AUGCCCGAUAGCGUUCGGAGCAUGAAGAUGAACAUGAAGAGCUUUCUUAAAAAACUCCACAUCACUCCCAAUCAACCCGACGAAGCCGCCGACGGAUCAUCGAUUCCAACCAAUAAGUCAAGCGAUGUAUCAUCAUCACCUCACCACCAGAGCCCCGAAGUCAAACCCUUUUCCGGUUUAUCCAACUGGCUAAGCUCCGUUGGCCACAGAAAAAGCCCAAGCCCACCUAACUCACUCAAUGCUACUAACGGUGGCGAUGAUGAGCAGCAGCAAGACUCCAAGGAGGAUCCAGAGGUUGAAGAAGAGUAUCAGAUACAGUUGGCUUUAGAGCUAAGCGCUAGAGAGGAUCCCGAAGCUGCUCAGAUCGAAGCUAUGAAGCAGUUCAGCUUAGGCUCUUGCGCUCCUGACAACUCCCCAGCUGAACUCGUCGCUUAUCGCUACUGGAAUUACAAUUGUCUUGGCUAUGAUGACAAGAUCUUGGAUGGUUUUUACGACUUGUACGGAGUGUUGAAUGCUUCCUCAGCGGAAAAGAUUCCUCCUUUGCUUGAUCUUCAAGGGACGCCUGUGUCUGACGGUGUGACGUGGGAAGCUGUUCUUGUGAACAGGAGUGGGGAUUAUAAUCUGUUGAGAGUUGAGCAGAUGGGUAUUGAUAUUGCGGCGAAGACGGAGUCUGUUUCUUCGUCUAGCUUUGUGAACAGCGAGCUGGUGAGGAAGCUUGCUGUUUUGGUUGGUGAUUACAUGGGUGGGCCUGUUGUUGAUCCGGAUAGUAUGUUGAGAGCUUGGAGGAGUCUUAGUUACAGUUUGAAAGCAACUCUUGGGAGCAUGGUGUUGCCUCUUGGCUCUCUAACUAUUGGAUUGGCUCGUCACCGUGCCUUGUUAUUCAAAGUUUUGUGUGAUAGCGUUGGUGUUCCUUGUCGGAUAGUCAAAGGACAGCAAUAUACAGGUUCUGAAGAUGUCGCAAUGAACUAUAUUAAGACCGAUGAUGGCAGGGAGUACAUUGUUGAUCUUAUGGGAGAUCCCGGUACGCUUAUUCCAGCUGAUGCAGCUGGACUACAAAUAGACUAUGACGAACCUGUCUGCUCCACUAGUCCUGGGGACAAUGAUUCAUUUCAUGAUGCUUCUUCCACCAAUGGGAUUGAAAGUUCAUUUCAAGAGAAUAUAGAGUUUCCCCCAGGGGAACAUAGUUCUAGUACCAAAAGUUCCAAGGAAGAUGUGGCGAAAGUUGAAAAGGCUCCUCCAGUUCAAAACCUCUCUAGCAGGCCUAUUCAUUCUUUCACACAUAUGAGAUCACCUUCUUGGACUGAAGGUGUGAGCUCCCCAGCUGCGAGGAGGAUGAAAGUCAAAGACGUUUCACAGUACAUGAUUGACGCUGCCAAAGAGAAUCCACGGUUGGCUCAGAAGCUUCACGAUGUAUUGCUUGAAAGCGGAGUUGUAGCUCCCCCCAAUUUAUUCUCCGAAGUCUAUCCCCAGCAACUGGAUGCAACCGUCGAAAUAAAAAACCUGACUGAAGCCAAGAAAGAGAAAGAGACAGCUCAGCAAGGAAGACACCAAAACGAUCUUGGUCCAGUGCGGUUUUUGCCUCCAUUACCAAGACUUCACUCUAAAGCAGAUACACAUGAUCAGCAACAUGAUCAUGGCAAAGUUGUUAGUCAGUCUGAUUCUUCACAUUCCGAAGCAUCUUCUACAGAAUACGCCAGAACCGUACCUGCUGCUGUAGCUGCAGCGGCUGUGGUUGCAUCUUCGAUGGUUGCUGCUGCUGCCGCCAAGACUGCAAACACAGAGUCCUCCACCUUGGAGCUUCCUGCUGCAGCUGCCGCCACGGCCACUGCUGCAGCAGUUGUUGCAACAGCUGCAGCCGUGUCCAGGCAUCUUGAGUUAGGGUCGAACAGCGAUGGAGAUGCUGGUUCCGGUGGACAUGAGCCUCAAGGAAGUGGGGACUCUCCUCAUGAGCCAAACUCAGGAGGUGACAGAGUAUCUGACAGAUCCACUGGCGAGGAAAGUUCAAAGUCUGAUGGGACGCUUGAUGAUGUCUCUGACUGUGAGAUUUUGUGGGAAGAGAUUACUUUGGGAGAACGUAUUGGACUCGGAUCUUAUGGAGAAGUGUAUCGAGGAGAUUGGCACGGGACUGAAGUGGCUGCCAAGAAGUUCCUUGAUCAAGAUCUUACAGGAGAAGCAUUGGAGGAGUUCAGAAGUGAGGUCCAAAUCAUGAAAAAGCUUAGACACCCCAACAUUGUUCUCUUCAUGGGAGCUGUGACCCGUCCACCGAAUCUCUCAAUUAUCACAGAGUUUCUUCCUAGAGGGAGCUUGUAUAGGUUAAUCCAUCGGCCUAAUAACCAGUUAGACGAGAGGAGGCGUCUGAGGAUGGCCCUUGAUGCUGCUCGUGGAAUGAACUAUUUGCAUAGCUGUAGUCCUAUGAUUGUCCAUCGUGAUCUCAAGUCCCCCAACCUUCUAGUUGACAAAAACUGGGUUGUGAAGGUGUGCGACUUCGGGUUGUCUAGAAUGAAAAACAGCACAUACCUCUCUUCAAAGUCAACAGCAGGCACUGCUGAAUGGAUGGCUCCAGAAGUGCUUAGAAACGAACCUGCUGAUGAGAAGUGCGAUGUAUACAGCUACGGUGUGAUUCUGUGGGAACUCUUUACGUUACAGCAACCAUGGGGGAGGAUGAACGCGAUGCAAGUUGUUGGGGCAGUUGGGUUUCAGCAUCGACGUCUUGACAUUCCAGACUUUGUGGAUCCAGCAAUUGCAGAACUCAUUAGUAAAUGCUGGCAAACGGAUUCAAAGUUGAGGCCAAGUUUUGCAGAGAUUAUGGUUACUCUAAAGAAGCUACAGAGACCUGCAACAGGUUCCAACAUCCCAAGACCAGUCCCCAGUUCUUCUUCAUUAUCAACUGAACAGGAACAAAAAGAUUGAUAACAGAAGAAGAAAGACCAAAGUGGCAAAUCUUUUCUUUGACUGUUUAAAGGAAAUAUGAAGAGAAGAGCUACAGAUUUUUGCUGCUUCUUUUUUUUUUUUCUGGUUUUUUGGUUCAGCUUCAGUGCGUUUUUCACACAGCUUGUGGGUAGAGCUAUUAAAAUCAAAUUCAUGGAAGAUUGAAGAGGGGGAGGGUGAAGGACAUCAUUCUCGCGUGGUGUGUGUGUGUGUUUGCCUGUGAAUUAUGUUCAUGCGUAAAUUUCCUCUGUUUUUUUUUUUUUACAAAAAUUGAAGCUGUAAAAAAGGGAGAGAACCAAAAGAAUGGUUAUUUGAUUAUAUGAUAUAUCAUUGUAAACUCGUAGACAAAAAAAAAUAGUUUGAGAAGUGAGAACUCCCUCUGUCUUAUAGUUUU